AAAUAUGCUGUAGUGGAUCUGCAACGCCCCCUUAUAUAUAAUUUUUUUUUGUUUAUUGUGAUUUUUGUGAUAUGUUUCGCGCGGUUUCUGUGCUUUAGGAUGAAACGAGUUUGAUUUAAAGGCGUAGUUCUGUGACACAGCGGUCAUAAACACAUGUGGAAGCAGCGCCCGUUCAACUUCACUGUCUUCCUCUGAGGAUUGAUUGAAGUCCCCUCAGCAUGCUGUCGCUGAAAGAGAAGGACCGUCCCGUGGCGAGGAAGCUGCUGAGCGCCGGCUGCUGUGUGCGGUGUGUGCUGCGCUUCUGCUGUGUGGGAAGCAGCUCCGCGUACAGGCGCUCACACCAGGACAUGCACAAGGAGCUUCUCGCCUUCGUCGGUGAGGAGUCCCAUGAUGCACCUGGAGAGGGCGAGACUGACGACCCGCCCAGUAAACGCAUGAGAGUGGAGGAGGGUUGCUUCACUGAGCCGGACUCGGACGUUUGUCCCGUCUGUCUGGGAGUCCUGCAGGACUUCUGUCAUCCCACUUUUGCCAAACAGGUGUCAGACGCUGUGAAGAAGCAGCAGUUUGAGUUUGACAGUCUCGUGCUGACCGUUUCUCUUCCUGCCCAGCUGUCCAUCAGAGAGCACUCCUGCUGGCUGCAUGUCAGGAAGGAAGUCCGGGAGAAGAGCAUGUGUUUGGGGAAAGAUGAUGUCAUCCAGGUGAAGGAUGCGUUCAAGUGGGCCGUACAGGGGAAGAUCGGCCAGGAACUGGGAGCUGCUGUCCUGGCCAAUAGUCCGUGUGAAGUGGGCGUCGGGUUUAUCCACCCAGAAACCGAGGAGGACUGUCAUUUCUUAGCGAACACCUGUCCAGACUGUUUCAAACCUGGCAAAAACAAAGCGUCCAUCUUCACCAGGAUGGCGGUGCUCAAAGCUCUGGAGAAGAUCUCCGACGAGACGUUCAGCAGGAAUUACCCAUGUCCACCGAAGAAACCACACACUCCAUGUUCAGCGCGGGACACCUCAUGUCUCCACACGUCCGUCUUUAUAGCAGGUCGGUACAAUAAGUUCUCCCGGGAGCUCCCGCAGACGCCGUGGGUGAUCGAUGGAGAGAGGCGGAUGGAUGGAUCCGUGGAGGAGCUGAUCGCCGCCCCGCUCCUGUCCUCCUUUAAAGCUGACGGUUUUAACUUCUCAUCUUCAGGACGAGAAGACGUGGACGUGAGGACUCUGGGAAAUGGUCGACCGUUCGCUCUGGAGCUUCUGAACCCACAUCGAACCAAAUUCAGCCGAACCGAGAUCCAACAACUACAGGAGACGAUCAACCAGUCGUCCGACAAAAUAAGAGUACGACACCUUCAGAUUGUUACCAGGGAAGCAACAAGCCGCAUGAAAGAGGGCGAAGAGGAGAAGACCAAGACCUACAGCGCCCUCAUCUGGACUCAGAAAGCCAUCGACGACUCGGAUCUGGACUUCCUGAGAAACAUCAAGGACCUGAAGAUCGCUCAGAAGACUCCGCUGAGAGUCCUGCAUCGCCGGCCGCUGGCGGUCCGACAGAGACUCGUCCACUCCAUGAGUGCCGUUCACCUGGACACACACCACUUCACCUUGAAGCUGUGCACACAGGCCGGGACUUACAUUAAAGAGUUUGUGCACGGAGACUUCGGCCGCACCAAACCCAACCUCUGUGACCUCAUGAAAACCGACGCCGAUAUCCUGGAGCUGGACGUCGAGUCCGUCGACAUCGACUGGCCUCCUGCUAUUCCAGAUUGACAUUCGGGAUUUUGAGAAUAGUUUUUGUAUGUCAGGAGUAUAUAUUUCUGUCAUACGGUUUUUUGUUAGUUUGACUGAACUGAAGCUGAAGCACGAUACGAUAUGCAUUUUCCUUAAUAAACAGCCUAAUUUUG